UGGUCGUUUCAGUAGGUAGGUAAUUUAUAAUUUUAUUGUGAUAAAAUAAACUGAUAACUUAUUUGUGUAGGUGGCGGUGCGACAGCUGUGAACUGUAUAUAAAUUUUAAUUAUUAUAAUAAUUUAUGCAAAAUAUGACUGACAAUGAAACCCAAAAUGGUCCAUCUGGUGACCAGCCCCAAGAGAAGACUGCCAAGCAGUUGGAGAAAGAAGCAAAAAAAGCUGCUAAACUAGAUAAACUAAAGGCAAAAUUGGAUAAAAAGAGUACCGCGCCAGCUGUUCAAAAAGACAAACCCGAGAAAAAGGUUAAAGAAACAAAAGAGAGUGCUAUUUACACAGCACAGACUGCACCUGGUGAGAAAAAAGAUUUAACUGGGCAAAUGCCUGAUGCAUACAGCCCAAAGUAUGUGGAAGCUGCAUGGUAUGAGUGGUGGGAAAAAGAAGGAUUUUUUAAGCCAGAGUAUGGUAGGAAGUCCAUACUGGAUCCCAAUCCUAAAGGUCAGUUUGUGAUGGUGAUCCCACCACCUAAUGUAACUGGCACACUUCAUCUAGGACAUGCUUUAACCAAUGCUGUUGAAGAUGCAAUCACAAGGUGGCACAGAAUGAAUGGUCGUACCACACUAUGGAACCCUGGAUGUGACCAUGCGGGUAUAGCAACACAGGUAGUUGUUGAAAAGAAGCUGUGGAGGGAAGAGAAGAAGACUAGGCAUGAUUUGGGAAGAGGUGAAUUUAUCAAACGCGUUUGGAAAUGGAAAGAAGAAAAGGGUGGUAGAAUCUAUGAACAGCUACGAUCACUAGGUUCUUCGCUAGACUGGUCUCGAGAGCGAUUCACUAUGGACCCUGUCAUGUGUAAAGCUGUCAAUGAAGCCUUCAUUCGUCUUCACGACGCUGGCGACAUCUAUCGAGCGAACAGAUUAGUGAACUGGUCGUGCACCCUCAAGAGUGCUAUAUCUGAUAUCGAAGUGGACAAGGUUGAGUUAACUGGACGGACCAUGUUAUCGAUACCAGGGUAUGAUAAUAAGGUAGAGUUUGGUGUGCUUGUACACUUUGCAUACAAGGCCGAGGACUCUUACAGCGAGGUUGUAGUGGCGACCACGCGCGUGGAGACCAUGCUAGGAGACGUAGCGGUUGCUGUACAUCCUGAUGAUGAAAGAUACAAACAUCUGAUAGGCAAAAACUUGGUGCAUCCUAUAGUUGACAGGAAGCUGCCCGUCAUUGCCGAUGAGUAUGUCGACAUGAAUUUUGGAACUGGAGCCGUGAAGAUAACACCAGCCCACGACCAGAAUGACUACGAUCUGGGCAAGCGACACAAUCUGCCGUGCAUCACUGUGUUCGACGCUGAGGGACGUAUGCUCGACAAUUGUGGACCCUUCUCGGGUAUGAAACGUUUUGACGUCCGACGUGAGAUAAUAAAGACAUUGGAGAAGGCGAAAUUGUACCGUGAGACCAAGGAUCACACCAUGGUAGUGCCGCUGUGCAGUCGCUCCAAGGAUGUUGUUGAACCUCUCCUGAGACCACAGUGGUAUAUACGUUGUGACAAGAUGGCGUCUGAAGCCAUCCAAGCGGUUAAGAGCGGCGAUCUGAAGAUCAUCCCGGACGUCCAUGAGAAGAUCUGGUACCACUGGAUGGAAGGGAUCCGCGAUUGGUGCAUCUCCCGGCAGCUGUGGUGGGGCCACCAGAUACCCGCUUACAGGGUCAUCUCCGAGGUAGUGGUGAGUAAGGAGAGCGUGUACGUAAAGCCGCACCGGCGACGCACGCGCAGCGGACGCAGGAAGACAGCGAAACGGGCGCGCACGCACACAAAAGAAGAAGAGUGUUGGGUAUCGGCGCACACUGAAGCCGAAGCCCUGGCCAAGGCAGCCGCGAAGUUCAACCUCCCCGUGGACAGCAUGAAGCUGGAGAGGGAUCAGGAUGUGCUGGACACAUGGUUCUCAUCAGGUCUCUUCCCCUUCGCCAUAUUCGGAUGGCCAGAUAAUACUGAUGACCUGGCGGCGUUCUAUCCAACGACCCUCCUGGAAACAGGACACGACAUUCUAUUCUUCUGGGUCGCGAGGAUGGUAUUCUUUGGGCAACGGCUUAUGGGGAAAUUACCAUUCAAAGAAGUAUACCUUCACCCCAUGGUCCGUGACGCACACGGUCGAAAGAUGUCCAAGUCUCUCGGCAACGUCAUUGAUCCCGUUGACGUUGUGCGGGGGAUUACGUUAGAGGAGCUCCACGCUCUGCUGGCUGACUCUAACCUGGACCCUAAGGAGGUGGAGAAAGCCAAGCAAGGCCAGAAGCAAGACUACCCCAAUGGUAUUCCUGAAUGUGGGACUGAUGCUCUGAGGUUUGCCCUGUGCGCCAUGACGCAAGGCCGGGACCUCAACCUGGACAUCCUGCGGGUGCAGGGUUAUCGGUUCUUCUGCAACAAACUGUGGAACGCCACCAAGUUCGCGCUCAUGUACUUCCCCAAGGACACCGUUUAUUCCGUGCAAACACCAGAAGCUCUACCGUCAAGUCUCUCUACCAUAGACAAGUGGAUGCUGUCCCGUCUGUCACACGCCGUCACCACGGUCAAUACGGCAUUCCGCGGCUACGACUUCCCGGCCGCGACUACCGCGUGCUACAACUUGUGGCUCUAUGAUCUAUGCGAUGUCUACCUGGAGUAUCUGAAGCCUGUGUUCGGCAGCGGCACCGCGGAGCAGCAGGCCGCGGCCCGAAGCACCCUGUACACGGUGCUGGAGUAUGGGCUGAAGCUGCUGUCUCCCUUCAUGCCCUUCAUCACCGAGGAGCUGUUCCAGCGACUGCCCCGCACGGAGGCGAGCGCGUCGAUAUGCGUCGCGCCCUACCCUGUUGAAGCAGACACGCCGUGGUACAACCAGAGCUUGGAGUCAGACGUUGAAGUUGUGCUGAAGAUGGUCCACGCCGUGCGCUCGUGUCGCUCCGAGUAUAACAUUGCUAACAAGGUGAAAACCGAUGUGUACGUGACGGUGAGCUCGGAGCUGGGUCACUUGCGGGAGGUGUUCCGCCUGCUGCAGGGCCUGUGUUGCAGCAGCCAGGUGGACGGAGAGCCCCCACUCGGAUGCGCAAUACUGCCCAUCUCUGAUAAGAUCGAAAUCAAAAUCUUGUUGAAGGGUCUGAUUGACAUUGAUAAAGAAAUCUCAAAAUUGGAGAAGAAGAAAGAUCUUCUAGAGCAAACACUAAAGAAGUUGAAGCAAGCAGUGUCUGUGGAGGACUACAUUAAUAAAGUGCCACUUGAUGUGCAGAAAAGUAACUCUGACAAAAUGAUGCAAACGGUGGGAGAAGUAGAGCGGCUUGAAGCUGCGCUACAGACACUUAAGUUGAUGUGAUUUAUUAAGUAGAAUGGCUGUAUACUGCCCACUGUGAUUAUAAUAUGAGCUUUGAAAUACUCGAUAUUUGAAUGUUCCAUUUUUAGUUUGAAUAACUUAAGAAUAAACUAUUUAUAAGUUAACCAAGAUAUGAUAUAUAAUACAGUGUUAAAUAUUGUCCCAGUGCAAUAUUGAAGUACUUUCGGCACAUUCUCCUGAUUAAAAGAAUCUACUGUUGAUUUUGUGUAGUUAUUGUAAUUUUACAGUUUGGGCGGUUUUUUAUUCUGAAACUACCAAUGUUUUUCACAAUUCAAAAGAAAGGUUUGAGAGCCUUACAUAUAAUAUUUUUGCUAUAUUAUGCUUUCUUGUAUUAAUUUACGAUUGAUAGUAAGUAAUUACUUUGUUCCAUCAAUUUAAUAAAAGUUAAUAUAAUAAAAUAUUCUUAUAAAUUUUCUUUAUAGUAAUAAUAAUAAUCUUUAUAAUAAUGAUCUUUCAAGAUUAUGUUCCAUUGUGGACGAAAACUAUAUUUUCAGUCGACUUUUACUACCACAUCUUUGUUAGGGUUCAGUUAAGAAGAAUCUACAGCUUUUAGGUAGCAAAAAGUGUUUUUAAUUUAAUCGUAUAAGUACAUAUAUGUUGAUCCUUUUCUAUGUAAACAAUAUGUUACCACCACAGUCUGUUGUAAAUGGAAUUAUUUAUUGAAUACCGUUUAAAUAAAUAUCUUCUUUUUAC